GUGGGUGGCAGGGUGCGUCUGCAGGGCGCCCUGGUUCAUCGGACGGCCAAGGCGGGGUCUACUGGACACCCAGGUCUGGGGGAGUGGGGAGUGCUCAAAGCCUCAGGGGCUGAAGAGAGAAGAGGUUCCCAGAGGCAGAAGAGGAUCCUGAGAAGCGAGGGGGGCCAGAAGUCCAGGCUGGCCAGUUCUGGAGAAACCACAGAGGUGGCCCAGGCGUGGGAGGACCUGUGUGGCCACCCAAGGUCCCAGGUCGCCAUGGAGACACACUUACGGGAACUCACACCGGAGAAUGCAAAGCAGGCUCCACUCAGGUGAGCCCAGCGCACACGGGCCUCUGACCGUAUCCGGCGCCGUCACCCCAGAGAGUCCUAGGUCCUGAGUUACCGAACAGUUGCCCGGACAGAAGCGCCACCUUAGACGUCUCUCAGUGCUGUUCCUGGUGCAGUGAAGCCUCUCCAGGCUCAGGGCUGAUGGUGUGGCCCUGUCACAAAGGGAACCGCGCACCCGGGCUCGGUCACUCUGCUGCACUCGGCUCCCAGGCUGCUCGAGGGGACGACAAGCACGUCAGAAUUCGUGUCCCUGGGCGUUCGUCCAUCUCUGUGGUCACCCCAUUGAAAAAAUGGAUUUGGAUGAGUUGGACCUGAAUCCUAGAAUUAUUGCUGCAGUUAAGAAAGCCAAACUGAGGUCAGUAAAGGAGGUUCUGCAUCUUUCUGGACCAGACCUGCAGAGGCUGACCCGCCUCUCCGGCCCCGACGUGCAGCGCUUGCUGAGGGCGGCCUCCUCACACCUGCGGGGAAGCAGCGUCUGCACAGCGCUCCAGCUGCUGCGGCAGAAGGAGCAGUUCCCCGAGCAACACCAGCGCCUGAGCCUGGGCUGCCCCGUGCUGGACGGGCUCCUCCGCGGCGGGCUGCCCCUGGACGGCAUCACCGAGCUGGCCGGACGCAGCUCCGCCGGGAAGACCCAGCUGGCGCUGCAGCUCUGCUUGGCCGUGCAGCUCCCGCGGCGACACGGAGGCCUGGGGGCCGGGGCUGUGUUCGUGUGCACAGAGGACGCCUUCCCCAGCCGGCGUCUGCAGCAGCUCAUCGCUCAGCAGCAGCGCCUGCGGACAGACGUCCCAGGGGACGUGGUCAGGAAAAUCCAGUUUGGCCACCAGAUCUUCAUUGAGCACGCAGCCGACGUGGACACCCUGCUGGAGUGUGUGCAUGAGAAGGUGCCUGUGCUGCUGUCGCGGGGCAUGGCCCGCCUGGUGGUCAUCGACUCCGUGGCAGCCCCGUUCCGUUGUGAGUUCGACCAGGCGGCCUCGGCCCUCAGGGCCCAGCGUCUGCAGGCGCUGGGGGCCGAGCUGCGCCGGCUGAGCUGCACCUUCCGGAGCCCCGUGCUGUGCGUCAACCAGGUGACGGAAUUCGCGGAAGAGCGGGGUGCGGCAGCCGGGCCGCCGGGUGUCGGGGGAGAGCGGGUGUCUCCGGCCCUGGGAAUAACCUGGUCCAACCAGCUCCUGGUGAGGCUGAUGGCCGACCGGCAGCGCCCCGAGGAAGCCGCCUCCGCCCCACCCCGCCGCACCCUGAGGGUGGUCUCCGCCCCCCACCUGCCGCCCUCAUCCUGUUCCUACACGGUCACUGCUGAAGGUGUGCGGGGGACGCCUGGGACUGAGUCCUGCUGA